CUGCCCAUGUCCAGCAGUCACAUGAAUGUCUAUAGUGGGGACCCCCAGGUGACAGCCUCGCUCGUCGGUGUCACCAGCAGCUCCUGCCCUGCUGACCUCACCCAGAAGAGAGAGCUCACAGAUGCUGAGAGCCGAGCCCUGGCCAAAGAGCGCCAGAAGAAAGACAAUCACAACCUGAUCGAGAGACGGCGAAGGUUUAACAUCAACGACCGCAUCAAGGAGCUGGGGAUGCUGAUCCCCAAGGCCAACGACCUGGAUGUGCGCUGGAACAAAGGGACAAUCCUGAAGGCCUCUGUGGACUACAUCAAGAGGAUGCAGAAGGACUUGCAGAGGUCACGAGACCUGGAGAACCACUCGCGGCGCCUGGAGAUGACGAAUAAGCAGCUGCUGCUCCGCAUCCAGGAGCUGGAGAUGCAGGCACGCGUGCACGGGCUGCCCACCUCCUCACCCUCGGGCGUCAACGUGGCCGAGCUGGCUCAGCAGAUGGUCAAGCAAGAAGCCAGCGGGGACGAGGGGACGCUGGAGCCACUGCUGCCACCCCCAGACCCUGAAUUGCAGCCACAGCCAUCACUGCCUCCACCACCCCAAUCUCCCUAUCACCAGCUGGACUUUACCCACAGCCUGAGCUUCGACGACGGCUCCCAGGGCUUCCCGGACAGCCUGGAGCCUGGCCACAGUGCUUCCUUCCCAUCCCUAUCCAAGAAGGAGCUGGACUUGAUGCUGAUGCAGGACACGAUGCUGCCCUUGGCCUCCGACCCCUUGUUCUCGGCCAUGUCCCCCGAGGCCUCCAAGGCCAGCAGUCGUCGGAGCAGCUUCAGCAUGGAGGACACAGACAUGCUGUGAUGAGGAGCUGCUCGGCGCUGGGGCGAGGACUGGGCCGUGGGGUUUGGUUAGUGAAGUCACA